AUGCACGCAAACAAACUUGAGUACGACGAACUCCGUAACGUGCCACGGCUUCGCGGCAAGACCGCCGAGAAGAAAUUUCAAGCUUCAAGCAUCCGGAGCGACAUCGCACAAAGUCCUCGUCGUCGCUGGAGGGGCAAGCUCGGCGUCGAAGACGUCUCGACCCGGAUACCCCACGACACCGACACCAUCGUCAAGGUGGAGUCGACCGCGCUCAACUCUGUUGGCUGGAAGUUCCGCGGCGGCGUCGCCGACACCCGGGUCCAGCACUGCGUUCGCAUCAUCGCAGGCAUCGCCUCCAAGAUCCCCGACAACAUAUCGUUUGACAUCGCCGCUCGCCUCCUACACCGCUGUACCACCUCACCGCGCUCAGUGCCGACCCCACGCCCUGGUCGACUCCAGGUGGGCGUGGCGGGGAAGCCCGCGGUGGCCAUCGGGGGCGCGGGCACGGUUCUUCGCUUCGCGCCCGGCCUGAUCGCCACCGCGAACCGUGCCGACCUCGUCAAGGCCUACGACGCCACACGGGUCUUCGACCGCGCCCUCUGUCACCGACGUCGCGGCGACCCGGGGCGUCCAGCGCUUGGGCUGCUCACGCGGGGCGGGACGCUCAUCAGCGCGCUCGACGGACCCACUGCGGGUGGCGAAGGACGUCGUGGUGGUUCCGCGGAAAGGAUGUGCUCGGAGUGCGUCUCUUGA